AUGUCCGGCCUUGGUGCCGAAUCGUGGACCUGGUUCGCCUUGUCUCUCUUCAUCGUCGCCUGCAGAAUCGUGUCGCGCAUCCUCCUCCUGGGCGCGCCCCAACGACUCCAAGCCGAUGACGCGUUAAUAUUGCUUGCCCUGGGCACCUACACUGCUUUGAUCGUAUGCAUCAACAUCGUUGCCCGAACCAGCAGCAACCUCAUCAACCCCGCCGAUGGGCCCAUACAGUUCACCCCGGAAGUUGUGGCGCAACGAGCGUUUGGCAGCAAGAUGGUCGUCGUGUCCGAACAGAUGCAACUGAUCACCAUCUGGCUGGUCAAAGGCUGUUUGCUUAUUAUGGAAAGCCGUCUGACGACGAGCACCAAGCAAAGUCUAGUAGUAAAGCUUGUUGCGGCGUACGUCGUCGUCGGCUUCGUGGUCAUGGAGAUCCUUUACCUCGGCGUAUGGUGCCGGCCAUUCAACCAAUACUGGGCCGUUCCGACCACCAACACCCAGUGUUCCGCAGCCACCAAUCACCUGAUAACCAACGCCGUCCUCAACAUCUCGUCGGAUGUCUUCAUCAUGGCCAUUCCGAUGCCCAUCUUCCUGGCAGCCCGACUCCCUCUCAAGAGAAAAGUCAUCCUCUGCGGUGUCUUUGGCUUGGGUACCUUCAGUAUUCUGUCGGCCAUUUUGAACAAAUUCUAUAGCUUCACCGAGCCGUUCGGCUCUGCAUGGGUCUUUUGGUAUGUUCGUGAAUCCUCAACUGCAAUCCUGACGGCGAACAUCCCUUUCACCUGGACGCUUCUCCAACGCACCCUCAACAUCGGUUCCUUCGCCGGCUCUUCCCGCGGACGAUCUCGCACCACGUACCAUCAGUUCAACCAUUCCCACAGCACCAAGAACGCCACCAUAUCCCGCAAAGUGCCGCGCCAGGACGACCUGGAGAGAAACGACAGUCAGGAGCAGAUCGUGCCGCUGGAGAUCUGGCAAAACGUGCAGCUCAGCGUGCACACUAGUACCAUCAUAGACGGCAAGAAACCCAGCGCAACAGUCACCGAAGCCGAGUCGAUCAACGACGCCGAAAGCGACAUGAGCAAUCGAAGCAAGAGUAACGUCACUGGUGUUCUGAGCGCAGGCGCAGCUCAGGUAACAACUACGUGUGCUCAUGGGCCUGAUUGA